AACCAAGCAGUGGAAACAUUUCUCAAACAUCAAAAUGGCUAAAGAUUUGCAUGUAGUUCUGGUUCCAUAUGCAGCCUUUGGCCAUUUGCUUCCAUUCUUCCAUCUCUCCGUGGCUUUGGCCAAAGCUGGGAUCCGUGUUUCCUUCAUUUCUACCCCUAUAAACAUCCAAAGACUCCCAAAACUACCAUCAGAAUUAUCUGCUUUCAUAAACUUAGUGGCAUUUCCGCUCCCGGUAGUCGACGGCAGUUCCUUACCGGAAGGUGCCGAGGCCACCUUGGAUGUUUCUUCAGAGAAGGAGAAGGACUUAAUGGCUGCCUAUGAUCUUUUGUGUCAUCCCUUUAAGCAAUUCAUCGCCAAUGAAUCACCCAAUUGGAUAGGUGUUGAUAUCUUCCCGCAUUGGGCAAUUGACAUUGCCGACGAUUUCCAUGUUCCAGUUUUCUUAUUUUCCGCCUUCUCGGCUGCCACCAUGGCCUUUGCCGGGCCACCGGAGUUUUUAACGGAACAUGGCCUAAAAAAGGUCCGUCCAUCACCGGAAUCACUGACAUCACCGCCUGAGUGGAUCACUUUUCCAUCAUCGGUUGCCGUCCGGCGUGGCCCCGAAGCCAUUGGCUGCUAUUUCUUUUACAAUAUGGUGUUGGGUAAGCGAUUACCUAAAAUUCUAAAGAACUGCAAGGCCGUGGCCCUUCGUAGCUUCAAGGAAAUUGAAGGUGACUACUUGGAAGUACUUACGAAGAUCUUCCAGAAGCCAGUAUUUCCUUUGGGGUUAUUUCUACCGGAUCAGCUAGCUGCUGAGCAAAGAGAUUAUGGUGAGGAGUGGGUUAAAACAUUUAAUUGGCUUGAUCAACAAAAACCCAAGUCUGUUGUGUUUGUAACUUUUGGAAGUACAUGUAAAUUAAGCAAAGAUCAAGUUGAUGAGAUAGCUUAUGGACUAGAGCUUUCCAAUCUACCAUUUCUAUGGUCACUUAUCAAACCUGAAAAGGCAUCUGAACUUACCGAAGAUUUCGACAUUUUACCUCCAAGCUUCAAAAAGAAUACGGCCGGCCGAGGUUUGGUGUGCAUGGGAUGGUCUCCUCAACUGGAAAUUCUAGCAAACCCAGCCAUUGGAGGAACUUUGUUUCAUGCUGGGUGGGGUUCUGUGAUAGAGAAUCUCAGGUAUGGUCAUCGACUCAUUGUCUUGCCACUGGUUUUCGAUCAAAUAUAUAAUGCAAGAUUGUUGGUGGACAAGGGUAUGGCUGUCCAAGUUGAGCAAAAUGAAGAUGGGUCAUUUAGUAGGGAUGGCAUUGCCGAGUGUCUGAGGCAAGCCAUGGUGUCAGAAGAAGGGAACAGGAUAGGCCUCAAAGUAGCAGAAGCUGUUGCUGCUGUUGUUGAUCAAGAGCACUACGUAGGUGAGUUUGUCCAGUAUCUGAAGAAUGAUGUUGCAACACAAAAUUGAUCUUUGUAUCCUUUCCAUUGCCUUUUGGUU